AUGGGGGAUGACGGCCGAGAGAACCAGCGGUUCAGGAAGUGGCGCCGUUUGACCAAAACAAGACCCCGCGUGGCGCAGCUUGAAGCGCGGCAGGAUUUGAAGCCGCAGAUGCGUGUGAAGCAGGUCGAAGCCUUCCUGGAAGCCGUCCAAUCCGAUCGCUCCUUCGAUGAAUACAUCCAAUACUUGCGCCAGAAGCACUUUCCGGAAGAGCAUGUGGUGGAUUUGGAGGAGUAUGUUGCAAGUGAGAUGGAUCCCUGCAAUGAGGAUUUGACUGCCAGCCGCCCUAAGGAGGAGGUGUUUGUUCUGAGCCUGUGA